AGACGACGGCGAACGAAGUAGGGCAAUCUGCUUCCCGAGAAUUUAAUCCUUCACGCAAUUCUAGGUGAAGAUCAUAGAGGUAGAGUGGUUUUUUUUUAAGGAAAAAGGCUCGCCGCAUAGUAGCGUAUGCCCCAAGGUACUAGGGCGCUGCCCUAGGUUAGUCGUCAUGGCGUCAUCACGCGUCGCAGUCAUCUUCCUCCUCGUCGCAUGCACUCUCCAAGCCGUCGCAGGCCGCGGUAGGUUCUUCCCCGGCCACCACGCACCAAGGCGCGCCGAGCCCAUGCGCGUGGCGCACGGCCAGCACCGCAACCACAAUCGCCACCAUUUGCGCCCAACGGGCGCGUGGCUGCACGGAUUCCGCGCGGCCAGGAGCCCCAAUCUUCCGACUCCGCCUUCCCCCGCCUCCGCCACCACUCCGCCCAUCGAAGUCUUAGGGCGUCGGCCGCGGCAUUCGCUCGCCAGGGCGCUUGUUCCGAGCCACGCGCCGAGGCUCGGAGGUCACAGGUCCGGUCACCCGGCCAGGCUCGGCGGCGGGCCGAGGUUCCGUCCGCGCGAGCUUCUUGCGGACAGCGACGGCGGAAGGAUCCAGUUUGACCGCGGCACGGGGCAUCGAGUAAAAGUUUUCGACGGGACUGACCGCGACGGCGACGUGGUGGAGAUUGUCGAGGAGGUGCCUCGCAGCUCCUCCAGCCGCGGUGGCGGCGGCGGCGGUGCGGCGUACGACAGCAUGAGGCGGCUCGGGCGUCCGGAAAGGCGCCAUCGUCGCCACAGCCGACGCCAUCACAGCGCGGCGCCUCGACAGCAGCACAGCGUGGUUCGAUAUAGUAACCCGAUAUUGGACUCUAUGGCGGAGCAGAACGCCCAGAUGGGAGGUCCCCCGGGAGGGAUUAUGGCGGGCUAUACUGACUCGGGUGCCGGCUCCGACAGCGGAAUGGACGAGGAGAGCUCAGGGGGAGGGGGAGAUUGGCCGAUGCUGGGCGCCAUAGAUGAGCAGAACCAAAGGAUGGGCGGCUGGGACUAUGGCUCGGACGGUGGCUCGGACGGUGGCUCGGAUGGAACCUGGGAUUAUGGCUCGGAAGGAGGUUCGGAAGAUGGUUCGGGCGGAAGCUGGGAAGAAGAUUCGGGUGCGAAUUGGUACGACGGUUCGGAUGCUGGCUGGGAUGAUGGUUCGGGCGGAGUCUGGGAUGAUGGCUCUGGAGGAGGCUGGGAUGUGGAUUCCGGUGGAGGCUCGGACUAUGCUUCGGGCGGAGGCUCGGACUAUGGUUCGGGUGGAGCCUCAGACUAUGGUUCGGGCGGAGGUUGGGACGAUGGUUCGGGAGGAAGCUGGGAUGAUGGCACGGGCAGCGAUAGUGGCACAUGGGAGGGCGGUGAUGGAAGCGGCGAUUAUAAUUCUGAUUCGUUUGAAUCCCCUUCGAACGGCUCCGAUUUUUCCGCUGGUGGUGACUACUAUGCUGCUGACACUGGCGGCACCGACGCAGCGUACAAGCCUCUGGUCAGCUCCCGAACUGGCGCCCACCGAGCCUCGACUUCCCGAGCCAGGCGAGUCCGGAAUCCGGGCAACCACCACGGUGGAUCGGCCCAUGCCAGUCCAGGCCACCGCAAUGGUAACCGCCGCCCCUCAGCCCACGUGGCACCGAAGCUGCACGCAGGUUCGUCCCGAGCCAAGGCAGUCCAAGCCUCGGGAGCAGGUGUGGUGGCCGUGCCUGCAGCAAAAGCGGCGAAGCACAGCACCUUGGUUGAGAGUGCGGGUGAUGGUGGCAGUGGUGGCAGCACCGACAGUUCUGGCGGUUACGGCCGGGCCAGUAUUACAGGGAGUGGUCAUAGCACAGGCAGUGGUGGCCUCACGGGCAGUGCUGGCCACACGGGUAGUGGUGGCAGCACCAGCAGGGGUGGCAGCACCGGCAGUGGUGGCAGCACCGGCAGUGGUGGCUUCACUGGUACUGGUGGUAGCGCCAGCAGUGACGACAGUGAGAGCAGCAGUGAAGAGGAGAGCGACGACGUGGAACCUGCAGCAGCCGAUGGCGAUGAGGACGUUUUCACGCCCAUCGCCCCUCCUGGUGGUGCUGGUAGCUCCGGCAGCAGAGGCAGCACUGGAAGCGGUGGCAGCACGGGCAGCGGUGGCAGCACCGGCAGUGGUGGCAGCACCGGCAGUGGUGGCAGCACGGGCAGCGGUGGCAGCACCGGCAGUGGUGGCAGCACGGGCAGCGGUGGUAGUACUGGCAGCGGUGGUGGAGUGGAAGGAGACGAGGAUUCAGAAGCAGGCGAGGGGUCAUACGACGAUGAUGGCGAUGCCGAUGAUGUCACUCCCAUCGACGGCAAUGGUGGUACUGAUGGCGGCCCUACCCCUCCAAUCGCCCCCCCCAGCAGUCCUCCCACCACUCCCCCCACCACCCCUCCCACCACCCCUCCCACCACUCCUCCCACCACCACUCCCCCCACCGUCACCCCCAUCACUCCUCCCACCACCCCUCCCGUCUACACUCCCCCCCACAUCCACCCUCACCUACGCUGCGGUGUGGCCCCCGGCUCGCUGCAGGCUGCGCUGGACUGGGCGUGUGGGCCCGGGGGCGCUGACUGCAGAGCCAUCCAGCCUGGUGGUGCAUGCUUCCAAGCUGGCAACGUGCCGCUGCACGCGUCGUUCGCCUUCAACGCCAUUUUCCAGAGCCACGCCCACCGCCCCGGCUCCUGCUUCUUCGGCGGCAACGCGGUGGUCGUGCCGCGCGUUCCAAACUACGCCGCUGCACCGCCCACCUGCUCCUUCCCCUCCUCCAACGGCCAGUACUGUGUUGCAGGCUGCCAGGAGGUGGCAGUCGUCCCCCGGAACCCUGUGUACCACCCCCCUGACCCCGUUCAGCCGUUCUACCCGCCCGCGCCUGUCUGCCGGGCGGACAUGGGCGCCGUGCAGAGGGCGCUGGACUGGGCGUGUGGGCCCGGCGGGGUGGACUGCUCGGCCGUGCUGCCGGGAGGGGCGUGCUGGCAGGGGCAGGGGGAGGGCGCGCUGGUAGUGCAUGCGUCGCACGCCUUCAACGCCUACUUCCAGCAGAAUGGACGGCGCCCCGGCACCUGCUUCUUCGGCGGCACCGCUGUGGCAGUGCCCCGUGUGCCCGACUACGCUGCCGGCCCGCCCUCCUGCUCCUGGCCAUCGGGUAACGGGCAGUUCUGUGUGGUGGGGUGCUGAGGGAAUGGGUAGAAUGGCUUGGCUUUCUGGGUUUUUUCUAUGGAAGUAAAUGCGUGAGCAGUAUGGCAUAGGAGAUGAUGGUGUUGGAGAGCAAUAUCCCAUGCUAAUAUUUGCUCUAGGGUGGUGUCUAGGCUUUUGGUUGAAAUAUUUGUCCUGGGACACCUUUUUCAUUUCUCUGGAUACGAAUAUAUGACACAUUGAUUA